CCCCUUCUGCCUAUAUCCCUUCAUACCACCCUCCCCUACAUCAUUUGGUCUUUUCAUCUCCAACCUUUCGACCCGUCUGCACCUCUGGAAAUGUCAAAGACAAGAGGGCACAGAUUUAUGGUGAGAAGGGAAACGUUUAAAGGAGAUAUGGAAAGCAUGUUUUUUUUAAUACAGAAACUUGGAAUAACCUACCAGGCAUGGUGAUGGAAGCAGAUACGAUGUGGUGUUUAAGAGGCUGUUAGAUAAGCUCAUGGAAAUGCAAUAGGGUGGUUUGCAUCACGUACAUGAGGAGAUUAGUUUAACGUGAUGUCCCUGGUGGAUUUAGGGAAGAGGUUGUUGGAGGCAGCGCGAAAGGGACAAGAUGAUGAGGUCCGGACACUAAUGGCAAAUGGCGCUCCCUUCACCACGGAUUGGCUUGGAACAUCUCCUCUUCACCUUGCAGCACAAUAUGGCCACUACUCCACAGCAGAAGUCCUCCUCAGAGCGGGAGUUAGCCGGGACGCUCGUACCAAAGUUGACAGGACACCACUACAUAUGGCAGCAGCUGAGGGCCACGCAAGCAUUGUCGAACUACUAAUCAGGAACAAUGCAGACAUAAAUGCAAAAGACAUGCUGAAGAUGACGGCUCUACACUGGGCAGUAGAACACGAUCAUCGCGAGGUGGUGGAGAUUUUACUCAAAUACGGAGCAGAUGUUCACGCUCUGAGCAAAUUUGAUAAAAAUGCUUUUGAUAUCGCCCUUGACAAGCACAACCCUGAGCUGGUGGCAAUCCUGCAGGAGGCCAUGCACAACCAAGUGAACACAAAUCCAGAGAGGACAAACUCUGUCGCCAUCACGACACCACAGUUCAUCAUCGCGCCAUCAGGGGUAAUGAGCCUGGUUACCUCAGCAUCGACCAAAACCACCUCUAUGAUGACGGAGGAGGUUGUGACCGCAGACUCUGUUGACUCAGCAAUUCAACAGGUUGUAGGGAGCGGAGGUCAGAGGGUCAUCACCAUAGUGACUGAUGGUGGUGUGCAGCUCGGUAACCUUCAUGCCGGGCUCGGCAGUGGUCAGCAGUUCAUUGUGACCAUGCAGGACGGGCAGCAAGUUCUGACUGUCCCGGCAUCCCAUGUCGAAGAGGAGACCAUCAUCACGGAAGAAAUGUCAAUAAGGAAGCAGUGUCUGGAGGCUGUCCUGAAUCACUCGGAGAAGGAUAUGAAUGACUGUAUGGAGAGGGAGCAAUUACAGCAGCAGCUCCAUGAGGCCAACAGGAAGGCCCAGGAGUACCGGCAGCAGCUGGUGAAGAAGGAGCAGGAAGCGGAUGAGUACCGUAUGAGACUGGAGGCCAUAGCCCGGCUUCACACUGUAGAGGAGAUCACUGUGGUGGAGGAGGUGACGGAGGAUGGGACAGUUCCCAUCAUCACCAUGACGACAGAGGUGGAGGGUCCUGAGACCACCAUAGAAACCAUGGAGCAGCCCAUCGACAUGGCAACAGAAACAGUGACUUCAUAAACUCCCCCCCCCCCCCCCCCCCCUCCCCCCUUUCCUGGCCUCCCUGACGCUGACGGCCUGUUUCUUGUGUGCACGUGGACACAUGCGCACGCGCGCACACACAAACACUCGCACACACACACAUGCGCGCACACCUCACGCACACACAUGCGCGCACACCGCACGCACGCAGGCAC